AUGGAGAUCAAGCCAGCGGUGAUCCUUGUGGCCUGUUUGUUAUUCGGCAUCAGCAACAGAGGCAGUGCAGCAGGGUGCAGAACGUCAGAUAUUUUUGUCACCACAGAGGCCUACCCGGAUCCGGGAGGAAGGCUAGUGCAGUACGUGACACUGGUGAACAACUGCGCCAGGUGCACGCAGAAGAACGUAAAGCUGGCGUGCCCGGGGUUCAGCUCUUCCAUCGAGGUCUACCCGGACACUGCCAUCAAGCCGGAUGGCGACGGCAAGCUCUGCACCCUCUACGCCGGCCGCCCGGUUGGGCCUAAAGAGAAUGUCUUCUUCAACUACGUGCCCGUCUCCUCCACCAUUGUUUGUUAG